AUGGCACCUUUUCGACAAGAUAGCUACUUUAUAAUCUAUCCAAGCUCGCAACAUGCUUUGGUCCAGUUCGGUAUGAGAGAGGAAACGUUGUAUCCUCCGCAGUAUAAGAUCCCGAUUUCUGUUUACAAAACCGGCGAUGGCAAAUACACGGCUGAAAAAGAGGGAAAUCAAGAGGUCAAACCACUUUUGGACGGCCAAAUAGCGGAUUUGGAUGGCUUUUUGUUCUUCCUCGAAUUGGUGUACAAAUCGUACCUGGCGCAACGAUCGCGUUUUGGUGCAAGCCCAGAGGUGUUUGACAUGGAGCUCUCCAACAUCCCAAUGCUUUUGGUGAGCCAUCCUUCGUGGACACAUUUCCAAGUCGAAAGAAUUACACAAUUGGUGUUCGAGCAGUUACAGAUAAACAAUUUCAUGUUUUUGUCUUCGAAUCUGGCCUGUUCGUAUGCCCUUGGGUCGCUGCAAAACUGUGUGGUCAUUGAUGUUCAUGCAAACAAGACGGAUGUGACGCCAAUCAUGGACUACAUUCAGUUGACGCAUCUUUCUGGCAAGGUAAAGCAUGGUGGUGAUUCUAUAAAUCAAGAGCUGGCCAAGCUGCUGCCGCAGUGGAGUCCGGAGCAGAUCGAGGAUCUAAAACGGUCGCCCAUUUACGAGGUGUUGAGUGAAGAUGCGAAAAAUACGUCCAAACUAAACUUUCAAAACGAGGAGGACGACGGUGCACUCGAUGUGGCAGCGCUUGUAACUAGCGACAGGGACACAAGAGAGCUGCUUGAAGAAAACGAAAAGGGUAAAGAAGACCAGCAGGCAUCGAACAGCGAACAAGAGACUAAUACUUUUGUCGACCGCAACGGUCAGCAAGUCGUGGUAGGAAAGCAGAGAUUCAAGGGCUGCGAGGAGCUUAUUUCGGAAAUUUCCGCUGUUGUGGGACGUGUGCUUGCGAAGAUUGAUGAUUUUCACAAGUUGAGAGCGAUUUGGGAAAAUAUUGUUGUAAUUGGUGGCACCACCGAAAUCUCUGGUUUUAAAGAGGCGCUUCUUCAACAGCUUUUGAAAGACCACGUAAUUGAAGAGCCUACUGUUGAAAAGACUACCAGAGAACAAGAUCAUUAUAAUCAAGCAACGAACAAGAAGAAAGCCAAGGCCCUGUUCUCAAAUAACGUGGACUAUGUUCAAAUACCAACCCUCAUUAGGUUGGCCAAAUAUCCAGAUUAUUUCCCAGAGUGGAAAAAACACGGUUACAGCGAGCUUCCAUUCUUAGGCGCACAGAUCGUUGCUAAACAGGGCUUCGGACACACCAACGAGAGCUUCUAUAUCACAAGAGAAAGAUACGACAGAAAAGGGCCUUCCGGCGUGUGGGAUGUGACUUUUUGA